GUAGUUUCUCACAGCGGCUAUCACAAACAGCUCUGUUGGUAUAUGACCACGACACUCAGAGCCAAAAUGUCACCUUCUCUUGACCGUUCAGGUGAUCAUGAAAUGUCAGCGUCAAUCCACAGCGCUCGUGAUGAGCUCACACUGACACGCGCUGAGCUAGAUCAGUUGCGAGAGAAGGAACAAGAGCUACUCGAUCAACUUCGCCUCAUCCGUACUGCUACACGAACUUGUAGAGAUCAAGUACGCGCCUCUUGUCCGAUACCAGCAGACUUCAUCAGCCACCUUCCCGUCGAAGUCCUUGUGCGCAUCAUCGAACUCGCCCUCCAAAACCCACUCCCGGGGUGCGACCCGCACCAUCAUGUCAAACGUGAACUAGCCAGCGUGUCACGCCACUGGAGAAAUCUGAUCUUGGGCUCUCCAGGACUAUGGAACUGUAUUAGGAUAAGCCAAUCGUGGAGCGUUCCGUUCGUCGAGGCGCACGUCGCAAGGAGCGCAGAAUGUCCUCUUGACAUCGAGGUUUGCUUAGCUACGGGCUGGUAUUCCCCGGACGGACUCGGAUGGGAUGCGUUCCACGGUAGGCUUGACGCUGUGCUUCGUUGUCGACAUCGCUGGCGUAGUCUGGACCUCCAAACUGCAGAUACGUACAUCAUCCUACAAUUCAUCACUUUAGGGGGGCCCAUCUCAUUCAAACGUCUCACCAUCAUCGAUCACGACAUGACUGGCCUGUUUUGGUUCGGCACAUAUAAGGACUGGUCACCGGUGAACUACCUAAAGCUUCAAGGCCAGAUCUAUCUCAGCUACCUCUCGGAACUGUCCAAUCUGGAAACUCUAAUCCUGCACAUCCCAAUUUCUGAUGAGUUCCUAUACGGCCACAUGGAAUUUUCUCUGAGGAAGUUGAAAACAUUCUGGUUAUCUGGGAGUACCAAGAAUUUCCGAUUUCUCCCUGACACACUCCACUUUCCACUUCUCGACUCUCUUUCGGUUAAUGUAAUCUCUGCACGCGGCCUAAUGGAGGCGAUUGUAGCUCCAAACCUCCAUCAUGUUUGCUACUAAACCGUACAGCUGCGAUAGCGACAUGUCUUUUGUUUUCGGUAAUCUUUCAUCCAAGUUUUCCAGCGUUGAGCAUCUCUGCCUCCGUGAUUUC